AUGCCUUCCAAACGCAAACGCUCUGGACCCGGGUUCAAUCGCGACGCUCCGGCGGAUUCAGGCGGGUAUAAGCGCACCAGGCCCGCGUACAACCAGGUCUACCGCGUCCCUUCGCGCAACAUCUCGGGACCCGGCAUCUUUGUGACGUGUGUCCAGGGCAAGGAACGCAAAGCGGCCCUCCAGUUUAUCGACAUGCUCAACGAGCUGGCAGACCGACUCUACCCCGGCAUUGCACCGCAGCCCGUUCCCGAGCCCAGUGCUGCUUCAGUAGGUAAUGCUGACGACGAGGAGGACAUGGAUGCGCUUCGCAAUGGCGCCGCCGCAUCGAGCACCGAAACCAAGGCCGUCGAAUCUCAGGCCCCUGAGACCGAGACCCCCGCAAAGGAAGACAAGGCAGACAAGGCAGGAGAUGACGACAUCGAGGCGCAGAUCGCGGCAGAGCUGCGCGAUAUCAAAUCGUCCGAGCGUCGGCGUGGCGGUGGAGGCAAGGCGGUGCGAUUCCGCAGCGUCGAGACGGACACCGAGUGUCUCGUCUUCAUCUCGGUCGCUCCGCCCUUCGACCCGUACUUGCUCACCUACACGCUGCUGGAGGAAGUCGAGUCGACGGGCGUCGCGCGCUCGCGUUUCGUGCAGCGCCUCACGCCCGUCUCGACCACGUGCCCCGCCAACGCCACUGCGCUCGCCGACCUCGCGCGCUCCGUGCUGCCCGGCUUCUUCGGCACAAACGAGGGCGAGGGGAAGACGUUCAAGAUCGACCCGCGCAUCCGCUCGCAUUCGCAGCUCAAGCGCAACGAUGUCAUCCAGACCAUCGCCGCCAACAUCCCCACUGCCGACCCAGAGAACGACGGAGGCGAGAGGAGGAGGAUUCACAAUGCCAACCUUACCGAGCCGGAUCUGUGGAUCGUCGUCGAGGUCGUCAAGAACGCAGCGGGCAUCAGCGUCGUUCGCGACUACAACCGAUUCAAGAAGCUCAACCUCCAGUCUCUGGCGCAGACAACCGAAGGCGAAGCGCAGGGACGAGUCGCUGAUAACCUCGUACAAGACAAGGCCGCAACAAAAGCGGCCGAAACAAAAGCAGCGGACAAGGAGCCGCAAGCAGCCGCUCAACCUGCGGUGCCAGCCGCAGCCGAGACCGAUACGCCUGCCGAGGAAGAAAAUUCGGCUGCAUCAGACCCUCAAGACAUGUCUGCGUUCCGGUUGUUUUGA